AUGUUGCACCCCACGUACAUGGCCAGGAAGGCCAGAUUCCACAAGGAAGCUGUGCUUCUAGGGAUUGUUUGCGCCUUGGUCAUCUUGCUCCUCCUCCCAAGGCAACGAGCCUUCCCCCGAUUGCCCACGAAGGCAUCGGAGAAUGGGCCGCCCCAUCCAGUACAGUUGCUACACCAACAGGCCAUUCGCGACUUCCAAGAACUCCUAUCUCAGCAGUCACAGAGUCCGGAUGAGGCAGCCGCCGAGUAUCAAGAGCGGUACGGCAAGCCGCCGCCGCCAGGCUUCAAGGAAUGGGUCAAGUACGCCUUGCGACAGCACUCACCGAUAAUCGAUGACUUCGAUACCGUCUUCGAGAAUGUGGAGCCCUUUCACCAGUACUCUCCAGAGAGGUUGAAGAACCUGAUGGAGAAGGCAACCGCGGGCGACAACGCGGCUGCAACGCUAUGCUCAUACACCAAGGCUGAUGGGUUUCAGGACUGCGCCUACUUUGCCGACGUCAUGGAAUGGAUAUUUGGAGACGCGAAGAAGCGCCUUCCAGAUAUAAAAGUCCCGGUCAACACUCUCGACGAGCCCUCGGUGCUGCUGAUGAACGAUGCAAACGAUGACAUGGCCUCCGAGUGGCCCAACCUGGCUCGCCAGAACAUCGUGGAGAAAGUGGCCGAGGCAUGCAUGGUCCGGGGGCAAACCACGGUGGACAGGCUCCUGACAAACAAAGUCGAGACAUUUGGGCUGCCUUUCGUGCAGAGCGUCGAGGAAGAGAAGGAUCUGUGUCUCCAUCCGGAGUACAAGGACUACCACGGCUUCCUGAACUCCCCGACCAGUUUCAGACAGCUCGGCACCGCCGUGCCUCUGCUGUCAAGGGCGGCCCCAUAUCCCUUCUCCGAUAUCCUCAUGCCAUCGCCCCACUACGCCUUCCCCCACAACCUUUACAAUAGGAUACUCGACACGCCAUGGCACAAAAAGAAAAAUGCCGUGUUCUGGCAUGGCUCCACGACCGGUGGUCAUUGGCACAAGGACACUUCAUGGCGGCACGGCCACCGCCAACGGCUCGCGAUCUUGGCCAACAUGCACGCAAAGGGCCAGAACUACACAUACCUGCAGCCAGCCAACGACACUGGGCGGGCCAGCGACCCCUGGCACACGUAUACGACGCCCCACCUCGACCGCAAGCUGUACAACGUACACAUCUCCGCGGCACUGCAGUGCGACGAUGACGAGUGCGAGCAGCAGGCGCGCUUCUUCCACAUCGACGAGCACAGCGACCAGCCGCCGACGCAGCCGUACCGGUACCGGUUCGCGUUCGACAUCGACGGCAACAGCUACAGCGGGCGCUUCCACAAGGCCCUGGCCGGCCACACGACGCCGCUCAAGAUGAGCAUCUUCCGCGAGUGGCACGACGAGCGCCUCAUCCCCUGGCUGCACUACGUCCCCGUCAGCCAGAGCAUGGACGAGCUGCCCGAGCUGAUGCGCUUCCUCGCCACCACCGAGGAGGGCCAGGAGGUCGCCUUCCGCAUCGCCGAGGAGGGCAGGAAGUGGUACCACCGCGCGCUCACGCCGGUGCACCAGGGGCUGUAUCUUUAUCGGUUGUUUCUGGAAUUGGCGUGGCUUUUGGACCCGGAGCGGCCUGUGGAGUAG